AUGCGGUUCUCCGGUCUUCUUCUCUGCUUCCUCGUCGCCGUGGUGCCCGCUUUGGCUCAGAGCAGCACUGCCAAUUCCAGUGUCACAGGAAACUCCACGGCCUUGGCGCCCGCUGCUUCAAGCUCACUGGCAUCGGUCUCGUCGGAAAUUUCAAAGUCCCUCGCUUCAGUCUCCAAAUCUGCCGCUGGUGUUGCUGCCUCUGCCUCCAACUCGGCCGAAAACGCUGAAAACUCCAUCGCUGCCAGCUUCAGCUCCGCAAAGUCUGCGUUCUCGGCCAGUCUUUCCAGUCUCAGCUCUGAAGCUGCUACUGGCAACACCGCUGCCGCCGCCACUUACUCAUCUCUGACCUCGCACGCUUCCAACAUCCUUGGCAGUAUCACCACCGAGGCUGCCAGUGCUUUGAGUGCCGUCACGAGCCAGGCCGGCUCGGUCACUUCGGCUGCAUCUUCCGUUCUCAGCUCAGCUGUUUCCUCUGCUUCAGCAACCGCCUCCUCCACCACCAAUGCCGCCGCUGUCAUGCCAACCGGAUUUGGUGUAGCCGGUGCUGCCCUGUUGGGUCUUGCUGCAUUCUUGUGA